AUGAAGGCCAUCCACAUCGACAAAUUUGUCUCUAACGUAACAGACCUCAGACCUACCACCAUCUCAAAUCCGUCCUCAAAAUCGUCACAAGACAUUCACGUAAAAAUCACCCAUGCAGCCGUAACCCAUGUCGACCUCCUCUACGCCCAGGGCCUGCACCAAAACAACCGCAGACACGUCCAACCGCCCUUCAUCCUAGGCACAGAAUACGCCGGCGUCGUUACCCACAGCCCCCCUUCCUCUUCCUUCCCACCCGGCACGCGCGUCUUCGGCGGCGGCCUAGGCGCCUAUGCAGAGCAACUAUGCGUCUCUGAACCCUCCAUCCGCCGCGUCCCCUCGCGAUGGACGAACGCUGAAGCCUGCGCCGUUGGCGCAAGCGGUGCGGUGAGUUAUGGCGCUUUGAUUUCAGUUGCGCAACUCAAAGCCGGAGAAACUGUUCUCGUGCUCGGUGCGAGUGGCGGUUUGGGUGUCAUGGCUGUGCAGAUUGCCAAGGCGGUUGGGGCGAGGGUUAUUGCUGUUGUCGGGGGGAAGGAGAAGGCUGAGGUUGUGAAGAGUGUUGGUGCGGAUGAGGUUGUUGAUUAUGGACAGGAUGGAUGGGAAGCAAGGGUUAAGGCGUUGGGGAAUGGUCGGGAGGGGGUGGAUGUCGUGUAUGAUGGGAUUGGGGCUGUAGAGAGUGGAAUUAGGUGUUUGAGGUAUCGGGGGAGGUUGGUCGUUGUUGGGUUUGCGGCAAGAGGGGGAAAGAUGGAGAACCUGAAGGUCAACAAGAUUUUGCUAAAGGGGGUUGCGCGGUUUGGAGAAGAUGGGAGAAGAGAUCCGCAACGGACUCAAGAUGUGUGGGACGGGUUCAUGAAGUUGGUUGAGGAUGGUAAGAUCCGGCCCGUCAUAUACAAGGAGGAUUAUUGGGGAUUAGAGACGGUUAGUAGGGCGCUGGAGGAUGUGAGGGAGCGGAAAACUUGGGGAAGGGCUGUGAUAAGGAUAAGUGAAGCAGAAGCGGAUAAGACGGAGCAGAAGGCAAGGUUAUAA